AUGGUUGUAGUUGUGGCUGCGGCUGCGAAAGAAAAAGAAGAGAGAAUGGAGAAUGGAGGUGGAGGAGGAGGAGAAGCAGAAUAUAAUGACAAUAAUAAUAACAAAGAAAAAGGAGGAGGUUCAUACAGGUAUUGGGUGAGGGAAGCAACAGCAGAUGCAGCUCCUCUCCCUCUUCCAAAGAAGCUCUCUCCUCAAGAGCUACUUUCUCAACCCAGUUCCCUCGGCUCUGCCUGGAAUUCGGCUGGAACAUGGGAGGAGAAAAAUCUUAAUAAUUGGGCCACUCAGAGGAUCAAGGAGCUGCUCGCAUCGGUGGGCUCCUUGGAGUUCUCUGCUGGCAAAGCAGAAAUAGCAGAUGUGUCCAGGUGUUCGGGUGAUGCAUUCUUGGUGAUUGUGAGGAACAAGAAACGUGUUGGAUAUACCUAUGAGUUAACAUUGAAAAUUAAAGGGGAAUGGAUUGUCAAAGAGGAGAAAAGGGUGGUGAAGGGCAACAUAGAUUUUCCUGAGUUUUCAUUUGGUGAGCUGGAUGACCUGCAGAUGCAAGUACAGCUUAAUGAAGAGAAGGAUCUCUCGCAGCAAGAUAAGCAGCAGAUCAGUCAGGAUUUGAAGCUGUUUUUACAGCCUGUCCGUGCAAAGUUGCUCCAAUUUGAGCAGGAGCUCAAAGAUAGAUAG